CCUCCCUCCCCUCCUCCCUUUCACCUAGAUCAGGAAAAGAAAACUCGUGUUUUCACCUGCGAGAGAGAAACAUUACGUCCCAAAAAUGUAAUGAAGAAAACCAUGCUUUAUAUAUCUACAUUUAUAUUUUAACCUUUUUCCCCGUAUGUUCUAGUUAAACCAGUAGUAGAAAAAGUCAGUUCAGAACCUACUACUAUUGACCACGCCAACAACAGUCGACCAGAAACAACCAAAAAGCCUCCUCUUGUCUCAGAAACCUUCCAAAGCCGUUAUUCUGAACUUCAAAAGAGAUAUGAUGCACUGCCAGUACUGAGUGCAAGGGAGACUGCUCUGAAAAAUGUUCCCAAAGUACAACUCCUUCGUCACAGAGCACGUCAUGAAGACAUUGACAGCGAUAAUAUGAGCUACAGUUACCAUUCAAAUACGAAUUACUCUCGUCUGGACUAUCGACCUCCACACACCAUGGAAGACGAUGUGAUGAGUAUAGCCACUCAAGAUAUGCUCAUAGACGAAGACAAUGCUUCCAUCGUAUUAGACACACAAACCAUAUCCGCUCUACGAAGAGCACGAGAUGAAGAAGUCGAACUUCCUUUUCAUGCUACACUACAACCGUCCAUCUCAAGUCAAGCCUCUCGCUAUUCGGGUUCAUCUAUUCAUAGUACACGUCUACCUUCCAUCCCCCCUCCUCCAUCACCACAACAACUACAGCAACAACCACAACAGCAAGAACACAAUUCUGUUUAUAGCAUGUCGGUUCACGGUACAUCAGAAUACAGUCUCCAUCGAUCAGCAACAUCGAUUUCUAGCACGCCUCGUGAUACACCGUCGGUUCAGAACGGUCUUGAUCUUGGCCCACCUCGAUCGGUUCAUAGCGACGACCAUUUACCUAGCUUACUUCACGAAGACGAAGACGAGCGAGAACAGUCUAUCCCAGCAGACCUAACACCUCCUCCUCCUUCUUCUUCAGGCGAACAGAAGGAAGAGCCUGCCUAUGCAAUUCAUACGCAGGAUCUUCAAUUGAAUAAGGGCAUACAAGUGAACGAUUCCCCUGAUCUGGUCGAUAAGCCACUAGUGCCGAACAAUUUUAGAGCGAGCCAUGACCUAAUGAAUGAUGACAAUCCUGUAGCUGAUACGAACUGGGGUGAUGAUGACUAUGGUCAGAGUUGGUCAGACAAUGAAUUAAAUGACACAACUUAUGAGCCUCAGACAGGGAUUUUACCGGGAACUUUUGAAAUGAAUCAGCCUAGACCUCAUAUCACUUUACACAAGGCGAUUACAGGAAAGGAAACAAAGCGGCUGUUUGAGCAAAGGAUGCCGCAUAAUAUGAAGUCGUUUGUUUCUGCCAAUGAAUUGGUAAAAAUUAAAAACAUGUAUUUUGAUCAAUUGGUGAGCGAUCUUCAGCAAAGUAAAGAGAACAGUACGAGUCUUACAACAAACGAUGUUCUUUUGCUGAUGAAAAGACAACAGAUUUUAAAUGAUAGAACCAGUAUCAGUUUGUUAGCACGUAAACAUUUACCAAGAGAAUAUUCUGAUAGAUUAUGUCAAGCAGCGAUCAAGUAUAAUGAUGUUUAUCCAAGUUAAUAUCUAUAUUUUACAUUUUGGCUUUUUUUUUUUUUUUUUUUUU